CGUAAGUGUAAUUGACUAAUCCGUCUUAUGAGUAAUAAUAAUAAUGAAUAAGAGGUUGAAGAUGGAGGAAAUGUUUGACGAAAUUUGCAUAAAUUUUUAUAAAAACUUUAAGUUGCUGAAUCGUUCGCUUUAUUGCUGAAUUUGCCUCGUCACCCGAAGCAAGGCGAAAAACGAGUACGAAGAGUUCUGAAUCCAAAUAGCAAUUUCAAGAUGGCGUCAAUGAUUUUUGGUGGAAUUUUAGUGUCUGUUUAGGAAAGUUUGCGCGGUAUUUGUACUGCUUAAAAUUUAAUAUUAUUGAAUAUUAAAUAAAAUAAAUGUGAGAUGUGCUAUCUAUAAAGUUAAUAUAUAAAUCCAAGCAGACGUGCCUUUGAAUUUCUCGCUUAGUGAUAAUUCGUGCAAAAAUGGCGCAUGCUACUGCAAGAGCGAUAUAACUUUCUUUUUUUGACAUGAUUUCGGUUUAUAAUAAAAAGAAUAACAACGUUAUUUAAAUAAAGUGGCUAUAUGCGUUGUUGUUUUUUAAAAAUUCGAGCUCAUUGUAGUGUGUGGCAAGUGCAAGUGGUACAGUCGGAGUUGGACGCGGCAUACGUUGCUUCUUAUUGCCAGCGUGGGAAUGUACGAUUAAUAUAUAUUUACUAACGUAUUGUGUUAAUUAUUGAAAAAAGUUUAAACACAUCGCUUCGAACAAUUGUAAAUAUAACUUAAUUGAAAUAAAAAAAGGCGGGUAAAUCUAGCUCCUAUAAUCACCAAAAUGUGUGCAGCCCAUAGUAACCCUCAGCAGGGCUUCGGCUAUACUUGGGGCUUUGCCGAUAAUACCCGUACAGAGUCUGUAUUGGAAAUUCCAACAAAUAUUAAUUACACAGUCAGCAGUGAAUCCAUGCCAUAUUUACUAUCUACAGAUGGAUCGCUAACUGUUCAGAAGGAUGUUAAGGGAGGUCUAGCAGCUCAGAAAGGAGGUGUUGUUCGACGUAUGUUUGUAGUCAACGAACCUUUUGCGCCAGGAGCCCAAAGGGUCAUUACUGCAGGUACUACUACACCAUCGGUGGUGAAGAAACAAGACCAACAAGUGCUCAGUAUUAACUGCGACAAAAAUUACCUACUUGUAGAUCAAUCAGAUCAGUCACACUCCCUGACUAAUGGUAUCGUCGAUACGAAGUCACAAACCAUUCUAACAACAGCAACAGGCGCUAAAACGCAUUUUAGUCCCAUCGGGCCGAUUCAUCUCACUGCAGAGGAAUGCAACGAGAUUUUAAUGAAGCGCGCGCUUGCCGCAUCGCAACAGACUCACACGAUCACUACUCCAGACGGACAUGGGACGACAAGUGACAUUUUGCCAGGAAUAUCAGUUCAGGUUCAAAAAGUAAUUCAAGGUUUAGAAGAGACAGAAGAUUCACAAGGCGAUGCGCCUCUAAAGUUAGAGCCUGGUACUUUAGAGCUUUCACCGAAAACAGAGUUACAAGAUAACAUGAAUUACAAUGAAAAUGACGCCACAGUUAAGAAGGAGCGACCAUAUAGCUGCGAUGAGUGCGGAAAAUCGUUUCUGCUAAAGCAUCAUUUAACAACGCAUGCGCGAGUACAUACAGGAGAACGGCCGCACGUAUGCGUGCAUUGCAGUAAAAGCUUUGCUCAUAAGCACUGUCUAAAUACACAUCUUUUGUUGCAUUCAACUGAUCGACCCUUUCAAUGCACCGAAUGCAAAAAGAGUUUCACUUUGAAACACCACCUGUUGACUCAUUCACGUGUUCAUAGUCGUGAUCGGCCAUUUGUUUGUCCUGAAUGUGGACGUACGUUCCCAUUGAAACGGCAUUUAGUAACACACAGUAAAUUUCAUGCUGGGGAACGACCAUAUGUAUGUGAAGAAUGCGGCGAAAGCUUUGCUCAGGAGAAUCACUUAAUAAUGCAUUCACGUUUUCAUGGAUCCUUAAAUCCAUUUGUAUGCCCAGAUUGUGGAGCUACGUUUCCACGCAAAUUUCAGUUAGUAAACCAUGGCCGUAUACACGGUAAAGUGCCACACUCUUGCACCUUGUGUGGCAAAGAGUUCUUGCAGAAGCGUACGCUAGUUUCUCACAUGAGAAUUCACACUGGCGACCAGCCAUAUCCUUGCAUUAGUUGUGGAGAAGGAUUUAUGUCGAAGGCUGAAUUAAAUCAACAUGUGCGUAAUACACACGGAGGCGUCAAUCCAAACUCGUCAAAUGCCACGAUUAAUUCUAAUCAGCAACACCAUUCGCAGCAGCAACAACAACAGGCGCAGUCUUCACAUCCACAAACAAUUACUGUUGUCAGUAAUCCAGCGAAUCCGGCAUUAUUAACUGUGGCAGGAAAUGAUGGCUCACGUCCCCAAUUUGGUUGUCGCGAAUGUGGAAGUGCCUUCAACAGUAGAGAAGCGCUAGCGCUUCAUUUGCGAUUGCAUACAGGUGACAAGAGCCUUAUGACUGACUUGUGCGCUUUGACUGCAGCAUUGCCGGGUCACUUCCUCAAUACUGGUCUUAAUCCAGGGGCCACAGUAGUUGCCACAAAUCCCAAUAUAGUGGCACAGAAUACAGUGCCAGUGCAAAUUAUUUCAUCAACCGGUCAAGUCAUGACCCAAACCACAUUGGUGCAAGCCGCCGCAGCAACACAUCCACAGGCUGUUGUUACCAACGUCCCUGGCGUAAUGCAUCAUCAGCAGCCGCAGCAGCAACUUACCAAUACUGCGCCACAACAGCAUCACCCUCAACAGCAGCAAGUCACGCCGCCCAAACCAAAGUCACACUUUUGCGCUAGUUGCGGCAAAGGUUUUGCCGCUAAGCAUGGCCUCAUGCAACAUAAUCGCAGACAUCCCAAUGGUGGUUGCACUGUUCGUACACAUGUUUGCGAGUGUGGCAAGGCAUUCUUCCAAAAGAAUCAUUUAAUGCUGCAUCAGCGUCAACACUUGGAAACUAAACCGACAUUGACUGCCUCUCAACAGCAGCAGCAACAACAACAACAACAGCAGCAGCAACAACAACAGGUGCGUUGAUUGCAUUGCUAAGUACAUUAAAUAUAAAAAAAAGCUGCGCACGCUGUGUAACCCGCAAAAAUAGCAAAACAUGCAAGUCGGCUUAGCAACGCUUCCAUUAUAAUUUUACACAUCAGCUCGGUAACGUUAUGCUGAGAUAUAUAACCAACGCUUAACAUCAAGUCAGAAUCCUCAUAUCAAGCAACCACGAAAUAAAACGGCAUACGCAAAAUACUAACAUAAUGUUUUACUUUUUUCCAUUUAGGAUUUAACCCAGCAACAGCACAGUCGCAUAAAAAAACAGCAGCAACAACCAACGGCUAUGUUGAUUGGAAAUCAUCAUGCGGUUCAUCUGCAGGUAUUACAUGGUACUAAUGCAGCUCAAUUUAUCAAGUACGAAAUUAAUAUACCACAGGAUAAUCAAAGUGGUUGAAUACAGAUAAUAGAUGAUGUAAAAUUAUAAAUCGUUAAAAUAUUUCAACGGAGACAAAAAAAAAAAAAAAAAACAAAGUAAAAGAAUAAGGACAUAUGUUGCGAAAAAAGGCGACUGGUGGAACCUGGGUUCAGUUGUAUAGUACUCUUAGCAGUACUUGUUUUCAUUUGUUUAAGUUUAUAAUCUUUAUAGCGUUUAAGUUUUAUUGUUUCGCUCCGUUUUAUGUGCACACAUUUUGCAGUUGCAGUAGGAUUUACUUAUUGUUUCUAUAUGUGUAAAUAAUAUUUUCGCUUUAACUUAACUAUAUAAAUUGUACAUUUAAGUUCUCAACAAGACAAACAAAGCAAAUUAAAUUAAUAAAUUCCGUUUUUUAAGC